UUUAGCUGGGAUGAUACUGAUUUUGGAUGAAGAAGUAAUCAAACAUUAAGUCAAGAAUUGGCCACCGCUGGCUGGCCAAGGAAGAAGGGGUCAUACAAGUGGGCCUAUGUGCCUGCUGCUGACUGAUUCAACUGCCAAUAAUCUAUUAAUUAUCCAAGCAUUUUCAAAGAUAGGGUUAGUGCUUAUUGAUACGGGUUUUCAAUGUUGAACCCAGAACCAGGAGAAAGCUGUACACUGUCUGUAGUGGGUGUUUACAGAUUGAAAAGUCCCAUGGGAAACUUAACAGCAAGCAAUAAAUUCUUGGAAAGCAACUGCAUUGAGAGUUGGGAGGGAGUUACCAAAGGCUUAGUUUUGAUGGGUUUUUUGUUUUUACUGGGUUUGAUGGCAUGUGGGGAUUAGAGGUAUCAACCAGAUUAGGGUUUUCCCAGUGGACGCUCAUUGAAUGCCCACGCGGUUUUGCGAGGCAGAAGAGAUCAGGCAACGUUGGGCUUAGAAGCUUUGUCUUGGCUUUUAGAAGAAGAAAAGGAGGAGGGUAAAGGAGAGAGGGAGAAGCCCAUUUUGUGUAGAGCCCUCAAAGAAAUUAAGAAGACUGGUAGGAGAAGCAGGUGACAUGGGAAGACCACCUUGCUGUGAUAAAAUCGGUGUGAAGAAAGGACCAUGGACACCUGAAGAAGAUAUCAUACUAGUCUCUUAUAUCCAGGAACAUGGUCCGGGGAAUUGGAGGGCUGUUCCUACUAAUACAGGAUUGCUUAGAUGCAGUAAGAGUUGCAGGCUUAGAUGGACUAACUACCUCCGGCCUGGAAUCAAAAGAGGUAACUUUACCGACCAUGAGGAGAGGAUGAUCAUUCACCUUCAAGCUCUUUUGGGCAACAGAUGGGCUGCCAUAGCUUCUUAUCUUCCUCAGAGAACAGACAAUGACAUCAAGAACUAUUGGAAUACCCAUUUGAAGAAAAAGCUGAAAAAGCUUCAAACAGGCUCAUCCUCAGAUGGUCACUCUAGAGAUGUGUCCCUAGCAUCACAGUCAAUCUCAAGAGGCCAGUGGGAGAGAAGGCUUCAAACUGAUAUCCACAUGGCUAAGCAAGCUCUUCAUGAGGCCUUGUCUCUGGAGAAGCCACACAGUUCCUCUGAUCAAUUGAACCCCACUAAUGGCUAUCAGACUUGCACAAGACCUGGUCAAGCAUCUUCCUAUGCAUCCAGUACUGAGAACAUUGCUCGGUUGCUAGAAGGGUGGAUGAGAAAUUCGCCCAAGCAAGCUAGAGCAAGCUCAGCUACCACUCAAAAUUCAUUCAUCAACACUGCUGGGACCGAUUCCACCUCUAGUGAAGGGACCCCAAGUGCAGCAAACAACGAAGACAUUGAAUUAACUGAAGCAUAUGAAAUGCUCUUUGGAUUCGACUCCUUGGACUCUUCCAAUUCUGAAAUUUCCCAAUCUAAAUCCCCUGAGGCAAGCUUUUUCCAGGAAGAAAGCAAGCCGGAUCUCAGCGACCAAGUGCCAUUGUCAUUCCUUGAGAAGUGGCUAUUUGAAGAAGGCGGUGCUCAAGGAAAAGAAGACCUUACUGAUAUCUCAUUAGAUGAAAGUCCUGAUUUUUUCUGAAGGGGGUUCUUUUGGGGUUCUUUAUCACCAGAAUCCUUGUGUCUCUUCUAUGUUCUAGGCCUAAAACUCACUCUGGCCUGCACGGGAAGAGAUCAGUACUAUCAGUACUAGUCCUUUAGUGCUAGAACAGAAGUGUAUAUCUCACAUUUUUGUGUUAUAUGAAUUGACUAAGAAUAAAUUCAUUUUGCUUUGA